AUGGCCGGAAUCAUCGUCGUCAAGCGUGGUGUUACACCCGUUCCCCCAUGCACUGUUCAGCGCGGUGUCACCCCACGCCAGCGUGGUGAGCCAUCCAGUUUCAACGUACUUCUAUUCAACCAAUAA